AUGAGCACAGGUCAUCAACCUGGAGUAUUUAAGAGGCCUGCAAAAGCACAUAAAACGUUCAAGGGAAAGAGAUCUAAAGGUCAAAUAGAUACUGAAAAUAGAGGUAGACUUGUGGUGUCUUCGGUUGUGAAAGCUCGAAAACGUUUACUUUCCAAGGAGGAACGCCAUCAGCGAGCCAUUCAUAUACGUGCCAAUAAACGAAAGGCUGCCUUUGAACAACGUCGAGGACUAGAUGGGGGAAUAGCUGCGCCAACUUUGAUUACAGUUAUUUCGUUUGAUAGCAACCAGAAUCCUACUGAUUUUAUUAGUGUACUCGCAGGAUGUGAUGAGACUAUCGUGCACACAUUAGGUCACAAUGUCGUUUAUCUCGCGAUUCCUCGUUUCAAAUCUCGGGUAGGCUUCCUUUCGCCAGACCUCUCCAGGCUCGAUGAUGUUUUGGCUUCAAUCAAGGUGUCGGAUGUAGUGUGUUUCUUGUGGCCUAUUGAAGGCGAGCUCAACCAGGAACAAAAUUUGCUUCUCACCAUUAUGAAAGCGCAUGGAUUGCCUUCGUUUGUGAACGUGAACCCUCAUCUCGACAAUGUUCCAGUUGGAAAGAAGAGAGAGGAUGCUAGAAAACGUGUUCAGUCAUUAAUUGGCGAAGUUAAUUUGACAACAAACAAGACUUUUGCCUGUGACACGAAAGCGGAGCGCAUUCUCCUUCUUCGUCACUUUGUGGAUAUGAAGAAAAAUAAGAUGCUUCUGCAGAAACGACGACCACACAUUCUUGUGGAGAAACUGGAUCUCGCCGCCGAGAAUAGUGGCGUUUGUUCGUUGCUCGCUAGUGGUUAUUUGCGUGGUCCAACAUGGAACGUAAAUCACUUGGUGCAUAUUCAAGGGUGGGGAGAUUUUCAAAUUGGCCGCAUUAUUGAACAUGACGACCCGCACCCAUUGAAGCAGAGUGAGAAGCUGUUGGAAAAGCAUUCGGGAGAAGCGAAAGUUCUGGUAGAAGCUGAUGAAUCGCGACGAGAAUCGUUGCAAUCCGAAGUUAUACCCGAUCCAAUGGACGCUGAACAAACAUGGCCUAAUGAAUACGACGUGAAUGAAGAUGUGAAACUGAAAAAUGUUCCUGAAACGCGUAAGGUACCUAAAGGAACAUCUUCUUAUCAAGCUGCUUGGAUUGUUGAAGAUGGGGAAGAGUCUUCUAGUGGCAGUUCCGAAGAUAUCGAUGAGGAUGAUGAAUAUGCAGAGGAAAAGAGCUAUAUGGAUGUCGGGGCAGCUACAGAAAGUGAUGUGGAAGAACAAGAAAACAAUGACGAAAUGGUGGAUUUAGUUUCGGAAUCAGCAGAUGAUGUCGUGGAUGAAGCGGACGAUCUUGAUGAGGUAGAGAAGUAUCGUCGUGAGCGUGAAAAUGCGCAAUUUCCUGACGAAGUUGACACACCUAUGGGAGAUCUGGCCAGAAUUCGUUUCCAGAAAUAUAGAGGUCUUAAGAGUUUCAGAACCUCCCCAUGGGAUCCUAAGGAGAAUCUACCGUCAGAUUACGCCCGCAUCUUCCAGUUCCAAAACUAUAAGAAAACUAGAAAAACAGUCCUGAAUGAAAUUGAUGAGUAUGAUUCCACAUCUUGUGCUUUCUCCGGGCAAUAUGUGACUUUGCAAAUCGAUCGUGUGCCUACUACACUUGCAGAGCAGUGGGAUAAAGACAGACCUAUGGUGCUUUAUCAGCUUCUCCCUCACGAACAACGGAUGUCAGUGCUGAAUUUUGUAAUUCGAAAGCACCCUUCAUGCAAGAUACCGAUAAUGAACAAGCAGAAAUUGAUUUUCUCCGUCGGGUUCCGUAAAUUUGAAGCAUCUCCAAUCUUCAGUCAGCAUACGAAUGGAGACAAGUUUAAGCUUGAAAGGUUCCUACCUCCUAAUGCGACGUGUGUGGCCUCUGUGUUUGCACCUAUCACUUUCCCACCGGCGUCUGUGCUAGUUUUUCGUGAAGGAAAAACAGGGAGAGAUGAACUUGUUGCCACUGGCUCUCUUCUUGACAUUAACCCCGACAGGGUUGUGCUCAAACGAAUAGUCCUAUCUGGCCAUCCUUUUAAGAUCAAUAAGCGCUCAGUUGUUUGCCGAUACAUGUUUUUUAACAGAGAAGACAUAGAGUGGUUUAAACCAGUAGAGUUGUACACUCCCAGUGGUCGUCGAGGACAUAUCAAGGAACCACUGGGCACUCAUGGCCACAUGAAAUGCCGUUUUGAUCACCAGCUAAACGCUAGCGAUUCUGUCAUGAUGUCGUUAUACAAACGGGUUUUUCCAAAAUGGACGUAUAAUCCAAGGGUGGUGCACUCUGUAGGAGCACAAGAAAAUGAGGAAAUGGAUGAGUAG